UUCCCGAGUGCCCUUGGCGCGCCCCGCCGUCUCCCCUUAGUUUACUUAGAGCCCCGCGUGCCCCUUGGCGUCCCGGUCCCCGAGGUCCUCCGGUUCUCGAGGCCGGUCAGGCAUGGCGCGCGCGGCAGGGCCUGAGCGGCGGCUCCUGGCCGUCUACACUGGCGGUACCCUCGGCAUGCGGAGCGAGCGCGGCGUGCUUGUCCCCGGGGCGGGCCUGGCCACCGUCCUGAGGGCGCUACCCAUGUUCCACGAUGAGGAGUAUGCCCGGACCCGUGGCCUCCCUGAGGACACUCUAGUGCUGCCAGCGUGGGUGGGCAGUGAGGGCCACUUGCACUUUCCCAGCGAGGCAGCGGCCAGGACAGCUGCUCCAGUCUACUUGCCCGCCAGCCCCGACCAGAGGGUCAUCUACACGGUGCUGGAGUGCCAGCCCCUUUUUGACUCCAGUGACAUGACCAUCGUCGAGUGGGUUCAGAUUGCCCAGACUAUCGAGAGACACUAUGAGCAGUAUGAUGGCUUUGUGGUCAUCCACGGCACGGACACCAUGGCCUUCGCUGCCUCCGUGCUCUCCUUCGUGUUGGAAAACCUGCAGAAAGCCGUCAUCCUAACUGGUGCCCAGGUGCCCAUCCACGCCCUGUGGAACGAUGGCCGCGAGAACCUGCUGGGGGCCCUGCUCAUGGCUGCCCAGUACCUGAUCCCCGAGGUCUGCCUGUUCUUCCAGAAUCAGCUGUUUCGGGGCAACCGAGUGACCAAGGUGGACGCACGCAGGUUCGCGGCCUUCUGCUCCCCCAACCUGCCCCCUCUGGCCGUUGUGGGCACUGAUGUGAUGAGUAAGCCGGACUGUGAGCAGGGCCGGUGGGCGAGGGCGUCUGUCCCGAUGUCUGCCUCCCCAGAUGUCUCCAGUGGCUUCCUGGCUGCAGUCCAGGACCUCGGUGGGCAUGGCUAG